AUAAACUUCAUUAAUAUAAGUUAAAUAUAGACAAAAUUAGUGUGAUACACUAUUACAAAAUUGAUACACAAUAGUCAACAAAAAAAAGGAGAAGGGAGAUUUAGGAUUAAUAUAAUGGAAGGAGGAGGGAGAAGAGUAGUAGUCAAUAAUUACGAUCUACAACAAGUGACAUCGUCGUCGACGACGAUUCAAGAGAAUAUGAACUUCCUCGUCCCUUUUGAAGAAACCAAUGUCUUAACCUUCUUCUCUACUUCUUCUUCCUCUUCUCUCUCUUCUCCUUCUUUCCCCAUUCACAACUCUUCCUCUACUACUAAUACUACACAUGCACCUCUAGGGUUUUCUAAUAAUCUUCAGGGUGGAGGACCAUUGGGAUCAAAUUCAAAGGUGGUUAGUGAUGAUCAGGAACAUCUUAGAGCUGGAAUUAACAGUGAUGCCCAUUCUAAUUCCUGGUGGAGAUCAAGUAGUGGGAGUGGAGAGAAGAACAAAGUGAAGAUAAGGAGGAAACUAAGAGAGCCAAGAUUUUGUUUCCAGACAAAAAGCGAUGUCGAUGUCCUCGACGAUGGCUACAAAUGGCGUAAAUACGGUCAGAAAGUCGUCAAGAACAGCCUUCACCCCAGGUAA